ACAUGUCAAACUCAACUGAAUAACGAAGCACACAGGUUAACGCUGCGGGACAAAGUUUGUAUACUCCUAUGUCAUAUGUAUAACUUUCUCAAGAACACACACUAGGAGAGGAGUGCGUUGCUUUCACGGGUCCCCGUAGGAACGACCCGCUGUGAAUGCAGCACGGUGUCGUUGACGCCCACCACACGGCAUCGCUGCUUCGGAUACUCGGGAGCGCUCUGGGUUUUUUUUGGGGGGGGGUCUCCCACGCUGUCGCAGCUAAUGCUCGUUCUUGGAUAAGGACGGUGUGGGAGAGGGAACAGACUUCGACACAACAACGGUGACCUGACAACACAGAGACAGCCGGCAAGUAUAAUUCGCCGCGAUGGUGAACCAGGUUCAGCGAGGGGAAGGCAGUCUACAGCCGUGCAAGAGCGACUCCAGCAGCGGGGCCAGCAACAGCGGCGGGGAGAGCUCCAAGGAGAGCUCCCGGUGCUCCACGCCGGUGCUGGACGUGGACCGCUCCGACAGGCUGCGGGACAAGAUGCGGAGGAGGAUGGAGUCCGGAGACCGCUGGUUCUCGCUGGAGUUCUUCCCUCCUCGCACGGCCAGCGGAGCCGUUAACCUCAUCUCAAGAUUUGACCGUAUGGGCACCGGGGGGCCCCUGUUCAUUGACAUCACCUGGCAUCCAGCAGGGGACCCCGGAUCAGACAAGGAGACGUCCUCUAUGAUGAUCGCCAGCACAGCGGUCAAUUAUUGUGGCCUGGAGAGCGUCCUACACUUGACCUGCUGCAACCAGACCAAACAGAAUAUCACUGGCUACCUGGCCAAAGCAAAGCACCUGGGCCUCAAGAACAUCAUGGCACUAAGGGGAGACCCAGUGGGAGCAGACUGGGAGGAAGAGGAGGAAGGCUUCAACUAUGCCACCGACCUCGUCAAACAUAUCCGAUCAGAGUUCGAGGACUACUUUGACAUCUGUGUCGCUGGUUACCCCACAGGCCACCCUGAGGCAGACAGCUACGAGGAGGAUCUGCGACACCUGAAGGAGAAGGUGGACGCCGGAGCAGACUUCAUCAUCACCCAGCUGUUCUUCAGGGCAGACACUUUCCUCAAGUUCCUGGAUGACUGCAGGGCGAUUGGUAUCACCUGUCCCAUCCUACCUGGAAUCUUCCCCAUUCAGGGUUACCAGUCUCUGCGUCAGCUUGUGAAGCUGUCGAAGCUGGAGAUACCAGAGGAGAUCACCAGAGUCAUCGAGCCUAUCAAAGACAACGACGCUGCUAUCCGUAACUACGGAGUCCAGCAGGCGGUGGAGAUGUGCCGCGUGCUGCUGGACAGCGGCAAGGUACCCGGCCUCCACUUCUACACGCUGAAUCGAGAGGUCGCCAUCAUGGAGGUUCUGCGACAGCUGGGAAUGUGGAUAGAGGACCCCAGGCGGCCUCUUCCCUGGGCGGUAAGUGCUCAUCCCAAACGGAAGGUAGAAGAUGUUCGACCCAUCUUCUGGGCAUCCAGGCCCAAGAGCUACAUCUACAGGACCCAGGACUGGGACGAGUUCCCCAACGGCAGAUGGGGAAAUUCCUCUUCUCCAGCCUUUGGCGAGUUAAAUGACUACUACCUGUUCUACUUAAAGAGCAAGUCAUCCAAAGAUGCUCUGCUGCAGAUGUGGGGCGAGGAGCUGAAGAAUGAAGAGAGCGUCUAUGAGGUCUUCACCUGCUACAUCACGGCCCAACCGAACCUCAGCGGACACAAGGUGAUGUGUUUGCCAUGGAACGAUGAGCCUCUGGCCCCAGAGACAAACCUGCUGAAGGACGAGCUGGAGAAGGUGAACAGACGAGGAGUCCUCACCAUCAACUCGCAGCCCAACAUCAACGGCAAACCCUCAGCAGACCCCAUCACAGGCUGGGGGCCUCCAGGAGGCUACGUCUUCCAGAAGGCCUAUCUGGAGUUCUUCACCUCCAGUGAAAAUGUGACCGCUCUCCUCAAAGUACUGAAGAAGUAUGAGCCCCGUGUCAACUACCACAUUGUUAAUGUGCACGGCCGAAACCUGACCAACGCCCCCGACAUGCAGCCCAACGCUGUGACAUGGGGGAUCUUUCCCGGGAGGGAGAUCGUUCAGCCGACUGUAGUGGACCCAGACAGCUUCAUGUACUGGAAGGACGAGGCCUUCGCCUUGUGGAUCGAGCAGUGGGCCAAGCUCUACGAAGACGAGUCUCCUUCACGGAUGAUCAUCAAGUACAUCCAUGACAACUACUUCCUGGUCAACCUGGUGGACAAUGACUUUCCUCUGGAGAGCUGUCUGUGGCAGGUCAUCGAUGACAUGUUCAAGAUGCUCGAUGCACCUCCAGAGCCUGAAGAUGGAACGGUCUCUGAAUAAAUCUUUUUAACGGACAGAAAGAACACUGUGGAUUUGUUGAUAUCCUAUGCAUUGUCUUUAUAAGCUGCUACUUGCGAUACAGAGCAUAGCAUUGAGUAAAAAGUGUAAGUCUUGCUUUUUUUUAAAAGAGUUUUUAUAAAUUGAAGCUUUGAGUCUCACCUAACCAAAACGUAAAGCAUUGAAUCUUUUUGACCUCCAAUAUCAGUAGCUUCAUCCUCUGCAGCACUCCCCACUGAUAAACUACACCUGUUCUUAAACAGGAUUGGGGUUGACCCAGUCACUUUUUUAACUUUCCUUAUGGACAGAGCUCAUUGAAAAACUACCAGUAAGACAAAUAAACAGCUUUAUAUGAAUUGUGAACAAGCAAGAGUUUUGCAUUAUAUGUUUUAUUAUUUAGACAAAAAAACAGCUUUAUAUGAAUUGUGAACAAGUAAGAGUUUUGCAUUUAAUGUUUUUAUUUUCAUAAUUCAAAUUGUGUAUUUGAGUUGGAUUUUUAAUGAUGGGUUCUGUUGCGGUAUAAACCUUUUGUAUGAGUGAACUCAUGAUGCUAUGGGAGUAAGAGUUACUUGGUCAGAUGUGAGCUGCUGAUGAUCUAUUGUAACACAGACGUAGCUGCAUAUCUGCCCUCUGCCUUAACAUGUUUUAUAUGUCUGUCAUAUUUAUUUGUUCUGCCUGCUCUCUAAAGCAUUAAAUAGUUUUUCAAUACUG